AUGGCUCAUCUGGUUUCCUUCACCUCCCCUUUGAUCUGGCCUCAUCAUCCGUGGUUUGUAGCUGCAAACUUUGAACGCGUUUUGACGCGUAUUAAUUGGAAGGUGUGUAGAGCUCUAGCUCGAGUGCUUGCACCACCUCCUUCCAGGUUCUUGGUUCUUUUCUACCUAGCUGUGGAAUGGGUUUGCUCAUUCUUGUUCUGUUGGCUGCUAUCUUUUGGAUGUAUUGGUUGGGUUAAUUCUGGAUCUGUUAGGGAAUCUCGGGUGGGCUAUGUUUUGAGGGAUGUUUGGCUUGGUUUGCUGACCUAUGGGUAUUUAGUUCUUCAUGGUGGUGAUUGGUGGUUUGUCCAUCUACAGUCAUGGAAUUUCUCUUUGUUGGUGGUGGCGACUUGGAGUUUCUCUUUGGCUGUGCCGGCGGCUAGGUUUUGGCUCAGGAACAUGAUCUUCAUGCUAUACUGUACUGGUUUUAGCUAG